AUGGCUGUGGUCGACAUGAAAGGAUCUAAGAUUGCGGAGGCAGUGAAAUUCUCGCGUGAAAAGAGCGGUCAGAAACCCGAGUUCCUACACCUGGAUGGGCAAGCGGAGGCAGAUAAGGCCACCCACGAGAUCAAAGAGAUCAACAAGUCUGGGCCCAAGAUCUGCCGUGUCGUGUCAAGGCGUUUCAACAGCUUGGGCCAGCUGGGGAUGAUGACUGCCAGGGAUCCAGAGGAUCCACUGUCAACUAGGUCAAUCUUAGAUGGGUAG